CAGCUGUCUGACCUUGAAGUGCACAGCCUGCUCUAUCCGCUACUAUGGAAUUUCUGGAUAUCAAUCUGGAUGAAGUUGCUUCUGCUUUUCACGAAGCUAAACGUUUUGGGAAAAGAUGUAAAGAAGCUCCUGAUGGUCCGAUUGAAGUUAAACGAUGUCUCAAAAAGUUUCCAAAGUUCCAAACAUACGUGCUUUUAUCAGGUAGUGGUUGCAUUCAUGAGGUUGUCUAUCCUUCUGGUUAUGCACUCAAUGAAUUGAAGAAUCUAGAAAAUCCUGUAAGGAAUUAUCCCUUUACUUUGGAUCCAUUUCAGCAACGCGCCAUUCUAUGUAUUGAAAACGAACAGUCUGUUAUGGUAUCUGCCCAUACAUCUGCUGGUAAAACUGUGGUUGCUGAGUACGCAGUUGCUAAAAGUCUGAAGCAGAAUCAGCGCGUUAUUUACACAACGCCUAUCAAGGCCCUGAGCAAUCAGAAGUUUCGCGAAUUCUCUGAGAUUUUUAAAGAUGUUGGCCUAAUGACUGGUGAUAUAACUAUCAACCAGGAAGCAACUAUUCUUAUAAUGACAACAGAAAUAUUGAGAUCUAUGUUGUACAGAAGCUCAGAUGUAACUCGUGAGGUUGGCUGGGUUAUUUUCGAUGAAAUUCAUUAUAUGAGGGAAAAAGAACGUGGUGUUAUCUGGGAGGAAACCAUCAUCUUAUUACCUGAUAGUGUUGGGCUUGUCUUUUUGAGUGCAACAAUUCCAAAUGCUCGUGAAUUUGCUGAAUGGAUAGUGUUUUUACAUAGAAAGCCUUGUCACGUUGUUUACACUGAUUGUCGUCCUGUUCCAUUACAGCACUAUGUUUACCCAUGUGGUGGAGAUGGAAUUCAUUUGGUAGUCAAUCAGAACCGUGAGUUUAUUGAAUCUAACUUCAAUCUUGCUUUAAAUACUUUACAAAAUGCCGCUGGCAAUUCGAUUUCUGAUAUGAAGUCCCGUGGACGUAAUGGUGGCAGCACCCGUUCUCAACCGUAUUGCUCGAAGUUAGUCAAGUUGGUAAUGGACCAAAAUUUGGAGCCACUUAUCGUAUUUUCAUUUAGCAAAAUGGAUUGUGAAUUCUAUGCAAUGCAACUAAACAAGAUGGAUUUUAGUACACAAUCAGAAAAGGCGGCUAUUGAACUUGUGUUUAAUAAUGCCAUUGAGAGUCUUUCCGUUGACGAUCGAAAUCUUCCUCAGGUUCAAAUUUUACUGCCAGUUUUACGUCGUGGAAUAGGUAUACAUCAUGGUGGACUGUUGCCUAUACUCAAGGAAAUUGUUGAAGUGUUAUUCGCUGAAGGUUUUAUAAAAGUACUGUACGCUACCGAAACGUUCGCUAUGGGUCUUAAUAUGCCGGCUCGAUCUGUGUUAUUCACGUCUACUCGGAAGUUCGACGGACGCGACUUCCGUUUACUGUCAUCUGGGGAAUAUAUUCAAAUGUCAGGACGCGCAGGUCGUCGAGGAAAAGAUAUACGUGGCACAGUUAUAAUGAUGCUUGAUGAUCGUAUUAGUGCAGAUGAAGCCAGAAAACUCUUACUUGGUGAACCUGACCGACUGGAUUCUUCAUUCUAUCUAACGAAUAAUAUGAUACUUAAUUUACUUCGUGUUGAGGACAUCAAUCCAGAAAUAAUGCUCGCUAAAAAUUUUCAGCAAUUUCAAUGCAGGUCUGAAUUGCCCUAUCUUGAGAAACGUUUAAAUGACACAGAAUCUCUUAUCAAAAAUAUUUGUUUUCCGGACGAUAUUGAUAUGGAACAGCUUGGCGCUUAUGUUAAACUUCAUCAUGCAGUUGCCGUAUGUGAAUCUGAGAGGUGGGCAUUAGUUUCACAAAGAAAAAGUGUCAUACCUUUCUUUCAGGCUGGUAGAGUGGUUCGAAUUCGCAAUCUGGACGAUUGGGACUUCGGAUGGGGAAUUGUUGUGCACGUAGAUCGGUCUGUGCAUCAAAAAUCCGACAGAAUGUCAGUCAUUUGUCUUAUGGAAGUGGCUGAAGACCGCAUCCUAAGAAAUUCAGAUUAUACAAGAAAACCGAUUCCUUUUUCGUAUGUGAAACCUGCUGAUGGUGUUGAUUUUCAAACUGAUACUUUUACAUCGGUUAUUCAAUUAGUUUCUGUCCCUCUAGAUUGUUUGUCUGGUAUUUCAAGCGUUUGUCUCAAACUAAAUUCAUUAUUGGAGUGUGACAAUCAGAAUACUGAAAUGUUAUUUAACAAGCUUUCAGUUCAACCUGAUCAUGUAAAACGACGUAUUUGGGAAGGUGUUGAUCGUGCCAAAGCAAAAUUAGGAGGAGUACUACCAGUAUUAGAUCCUAUCAAGGACUUAAAUAUUAAAGACGAUCGUGUGAAACAACAGUGCGAGACGAUUAAUUUAUUGAAAGCACGAAUGGCCAUGAAUCCGAUCUCAAAACGCGCUGAUCUAGACAGUCUUAUUGAUCGUUUUAAUUGGAAAGCUACUAAUUUGAGGAAACUCGAAGACAUUCGUGAACGUAUAAACAGAACAGAUUCACUUUCACAUUUUGACGAGUUGCGUGCAAGGAAAAGACUUUUGCGAAGACUUUGUUUUUGUUCAGAGGAUGAUACAAUUGCAUUAAAAGGUCGUAUCGCCUGUGAAAUUUCAACUAGUGAUGAAUUGGUACUGACUGAGUUACUGCUGGAUGGGUUCUUUUCACAAUUCUCACCAGUUCAACUAGCAGGUGUCAUGUCAUGUUUUGUAGCAGAAAAACAAACAAAACAUCACAAGAUAAAUCUGAGUCCUGCCAUGAAGAGGGCUAUAAAAAGUAUCCACGUACGUUUUUCAUUGCUAUUAAUGAUAAACUCACCAGUAUUCACCAAUUGAGACUUAGCAGACGUAAGCUCAGAUUAGUUGAUGGGUUUAUUUAUGUGGUCACAUAAAUUUUGGUACAAAACGGCACCGAUUACCUGUGCACCACACAAGUCACUUGAUGUGUGUGAGCUGGGAUGCUGAUCGGAUGCCCAGACCGAUGUAGAUAGCUUUCUUAAGAGGCCACACCCUGAGCCUUUGACAUAAAGGUCUGGUCUACAAGGCAGUGGAGCAACUUUUGGAGAUGCAGUCCCAUGGUAUCCGGUGACCAACAAUGGGUUCAUACGCCUUUUGUUUCUUCAGGAUACUGGAGCCCAUGUGCGCCACUGGUUCGGAAUCAGGGUUUUCCAACUCCCCUAGGUGAACUCUCCAUGUCCACCGGCCCGGUUAAAGUGCUGGACAUUCUCUUUUCGUCUUUUCAAUUUCGUAAACAACACCCUCGCCGCGAGAAGGCAAUGAGUAGGACUUUCCUGGCAGUUAUGGAUGUGUCCUCAAUCAAUCACAUACAAUCAAUAUAUUUUGUACGGCUGCGAAACACGGCCACUAAGAGUUGAAGACGCUCGUAAGCUACUAGUAUUUGACCACAGAUGCCUUAGAAAUAUUGCUGGCGUCUGCUGGGAUCACCGGAUAAGUAAUAGUGAGGUUAGACGCAGGGUAUUAUAGAAUGAUGGUAAAUCAGUUGAUCAGCUUGUGAAUCUUCAUCGACUGAGAUGGAUGGGCCACGUGUUACGUAUGCCCGAACACCGAUUACCACGACGUGCAAUGCUAACCGGUGUUGGAGAUGGUUGGAAGAAAGUUAGGGGCGGCCAAACCAAAACGUGGCAUCAGUGCUUGAAGUCACUAACUUCUAGUCUGAGCCAUGUUGGGAGAUGCAGACUACUUGGUUGGGGUCCGUGUGACUAUCGUAACCAAUGGUUGGAGACUCUUGGUGACAUGGCUCAGAAUCGAUCACAAUGGCGUCGGUGUAUACACUCUCUGUCUGCUCUUAAACUAAGAGAUUAAAAUCACUUCAUAUCUUUCUUUCUACUAACUAAUUCUUUCUUCGUGUACUAUAUCCUUAUUGCAAUCUUUCUUUUAUAUAUUACCACCUUUGAAUGAACUACUUUUAUGAAUCCGGUGUCCAUCUUGUUGUGUUAAUGAGGUAUGGCAACUUGGACCGAUGCAUAUAUGUGCCCGGUCCUACGUUGUAGCUGACUGAAUGACUAUAUUUUGUAAGCCAAAUUAGAUGGAGAUAUCAAAUAAAUUAUUGCUCCUGGAAUUUCAGGAAUCGCUUUUCCAUCAGUAUUCACCAUAAAACCGUUUUUAUUACUUAUACAGGAACUCGACUAAUGCAGUGUAGCUUUUGAGAAAUAUGACUUACACUUUAUGAGGUUCGAGGCUGCUUGGUUGUGCACAUCCCAGAAAGGAGGUGCUGUAACAAUAAAAACUAGAUUAGGAAUUUCCGGGGCCACAACUGAUAUGAUUUGAUAACUCGAAGUGAUGUUAGUCUUCGGACAUUUGGUGAAUCUCUGUCAUGUCAAUAGGUAUUAACGAACAUUUACUUUUGAUGACUUCAGCUUCCCUACUGUUUGUCACCUUUCCCACUUCAAAUUUUGUCAGUACUUUUAGUAACAUAAUCUUGCAUAUUAUGAAUCUUUAAAGGAUAAAGCAAGAUAUCUUGCAAAAAUGUCUGCCGAAUGUAAUAUUAACACGGAUCAUAGUAAUAAUGAGAAACAACCAACGACUUUGGUUGAGAAUCUUGAAAAUAAUAGAAAUAGUCUUUUGGAUGACGAGCAAGCUUAUGUUAAUCGUUUUGUCGGUGAUUUAAUGGAUGUUGUAUGUGCUUGGGCUGAAGGUGUCAGUUUUUCUCGACUUUGUGAAUUGACAAGUGCAUUCGAAGGUAGUGUAAUUAGAUGCAUCAGAAGACUGGAAGAACUACUAUGUCAAAUGCAUAAUGCAGCCAAAGUUGCAGGAAAUUCGGAGUUGGAAAAUAAGUUUUUAGAAGCCGUAAUCCUAAUCAAAAGAGAUAUCAUUUUCUGUGCAAGCCUAUAUCUUUAACAGUUAUCGAAAAAAAGUGUACAAAUCUUGAUAAUAAAAAAAGAUUCAGUAUUUUCGAUGACUUUGGUCUUCUAUACCUUAUUGGACUGGUAAUGAGGUUCAUCGUAAAACUAAAUUCAAUAUCUUUGUUCCAGAGGCAUAAUGUAUAUUUGCCAGGAUUAAAUAACACCAAUGAAGGAAAAUAUUUU